CGCGCCCAUGAUUUGUCGGUACACCACUCCUCACUACUCCUGCCACCUCGAUCGUUCAGUAUCGCUUCUUCGGCUUAUUAGCUAAGAUCAAAGUGUAGUAUCUGUUCUUAUCGUAUUAACCUACGGUAUACACUCGAAUGAGUGUAAUAAAGGUUAUAUGAUUUUUGGAACCUAGGGAAGACUCGGGGCUUGCUCCGACUUCCCAAGGGUCGUCCUGGCGUUGCACUGCUGCCGGGCUCGGCCCAGUCCCCGAGGGGACAAAAAAAAACGAAUUUAAAUAAUCCGGUUGAUACGUUGUGGAGUUUUUGACCGAAACAUUCUAUAAUGGACAAGAUACAAAAAUUUGUAAAAUUAAAAAAAAAGGAUUUGAAAUGUCCUUGUUGCCAUACCUCCUGAAUUUUUAUGAACAAGUAAGCUCCGAUAGUUUUGAUGAAAGCCCGAGAAGGCCUGCAUAAAUUAUGGUGUUCAAUUUGUUGAGUAUUGUUAGUACUACUGGCUACGGUAACGAAGACAACGACCUGAUUGUAAUUAGGCCAAUCUCUGAAAAAUUUCCAAAAUUUGGAAAUGUCGCUAUUCUCGUACACUGUGAAAGGAAAAUCUGGAAGAUCCUCUAUCCAGAUUUCAAAUCUUUCUUCACAAAUCUCAGGAGGUGGUGGGAGAUCAGCGAUAAAAUGGCCAUUCUCCAUUCUUCACUUUUGCCCAAAAUGCUUCGGUGUCUAGUGGGGAGUGCAAUUGUCGGAUUUUUCAUUAUUGCCUACUUUUUGUCCAAAAAUGGCGGAGAAGUAGAAAAUUACACUGUUGAAACUACCCUUAAUAAGGUGGAAAUUGCUCCAAAUGAACUGAAAGAUUAUCGUGUGAAAACUCAUUUGGGAAGUGUUACUCUGGAAGAGUUGAAUGAAAAGGUCUAUAAGCCAUUUGGAUACGAAAUUUUGCAUCCAACACUGCCUGUGCCAACACUCCGAAUGCUCAAUGAGCCCACCUGCCAAAAAGUGUUCUCCAGUUGGCUUAAAGUAUCGAAGGAGCCGCAACCAAAGCUUCCCCCUAAAAAGAUACCAGACUCCAAAGCCAACGAGUUCUUGUUGAACGGAUAUGCAGCAAUUGGAGAUUACUACUUCAACGACAAAAGCUCCACAAACCGGUCAAAACCGAGGUACUGGGAUUUGAUACCGGAAAUGAUGAAUUAUUCGAAAACCGAGCUUGGCGCUAUUGGAUAUUAUUCAGAGUCAGUGUCCCUAUAUCACGCUAUGGAUCAUCACCGCCUGGAUGGCUCCAGUGGACUUGUAGUUGGGAGCAUGAAGCCUUGGGUGGAGGUUAUGGCUCUGCGACAUGGAGCCAAGAAGAUUCUAACAGUAGAGUACAACACGCUGACGAUCCCAACAGAGUUCCAAGAUCGCCUCUCAUCGAUUUUACCAAUGGAUUUUGUGAAUGAUUGGGAGAAGUACGCUGGGACAUUUGAUUUUGCGGCUUCAUUCAGUUCCCUAGAACAUUCUGGAUUGGGAAGAUAUGGGGAUCCUCUAGACCCGAUUGGUGACUUGAGGGAGAUGCUCAAAAUUAAAUGCAUGCUGAAUAAAGGGGGAAUCCUGUUCCUCGGCUUGCCACUCGGAAUCGAUGCGAUCCAGUACAAUGCUCAUCGGAUCUAUGGCUCGGUUCGUCUUGCGCUGAUGUUCUACGGCUUUGAAUGGCUCGGCACGUACUCUGGUGGUCAAGAAGAAGCUUUUGAUUUUGAUUUGCAACAACUUGAUAAGAAGCUGUUUGAAUUGACGCAACAUACAUUGGUGCUGAAGAAGCUUUAAUUUGUAAUA